ACUUUAGUAUUACCAUAGAGAAUUGAAGAGACUCUCCUUCCCGGCCGGUCUCGUCUUUUCUUUCCCACAAUUCCUUGCGCGCUUGCGGCCUCUUCCUUUCUCUUCCUUCCAGGGGCUGCUGACGCCGCCAUGGGAGUUGAUAUUCGCCACAACAAGGACCGGAAGGUUCGGCGCAAGGAGCCCAAGAGUCAAGAUAUUUAUCUUCGUCUCCUGGUCAAGCUUUACAGGUUUCUUGCUCGAAGGACCAAUGCAAAAUUCAACAAGGUGAUCCUCAAGAGGCUCUUCAUGAGCCGCACCAACCGACCUCCACUAGCCAUAUCCCGCAUGAUCCGUAAGAUGAAGCUCCCAGGCCGGGAUAACAAAACCGCGGUGGUGGUGGGUACAGUUACAGAUGAUGUUCGCAUCCAAGAAAUCCCCAAACUUAAGGUUUGUGCUCUCCGAGUGACCGAGGGAGCCCGUACCCGCAUUCUGAAAGCAGGAGGCCAGAUUAUGACUUUUGACCAGUUGGCCAUGGCUGCCCCCAAGGGCCAGGGAACGGUCUUGCUUUCUGGGCCCAGGAAAGCUCGUCGGGUUUAUCGGCAUUUUGGCAAGGCCCCUGGCACCCCCCAUAGCCACACUAAGCCAUACGUCCGAUCCAAGGGCCGCAAAUUUGAACGGGCUCGAGGUCGCCGUGCCAGCCGAGGCUACAAAAACUAAUGUUCUUAAGAUAUUUGAAGGCUGAGAUGUAUGGAAUUAAAGCUGCCGUGCUGAAUAGAAA